UCUCCUCCAGCCCCAAGCUGCGCCGGAAUGCCCAUUCCCGGCUGGAGUCCUACCGCCCCGAGGCCGACCUGAGCCGGGAAGACACCGGCUGCAACCUGCAGCACAUCAGCGACCGGGAGAACAUCGACGGCUCACAUCACAGUGUCUCCUUUCAAAGCUACUUACGCAUGGACUGAAGUUGAUCACUGAUAUCAUUUGAGGCUGUGGCAGGCUGGAGCCUGAUGGAGUUUUAUCUCUGUCUGCUGUAACAGGCUGAUGAUUUGAACAUGGAAUUCAACCCAUCAGACCAUCCACGGGCCAGUACGAUAUUUCUCAGUAAAUCUCAAACAGAUGUGAGAGAAAAACGCAAGAGUCUCUAUAUAAACCACCAUCCUCCUGGACAGCUGAGAAGAAAAUACAGUUCCUGCUCCACUAUUUUCCUGGAUGACAGCACAGUCAGUCAACCAAACCUCAAGUAUACCAUCAAAUGUGUAGCUCUUGCAAUAUAUUACCACAUCAAAAACAGGGAUACAGACGGAAGAAUGCUCUUAGACAUUUUUGAUGAAAACCUUCAUCCCCUUUCGAAAUCCGAAGUGCCGCCAGAUUAUGACAAACACGAUCCUGAGCAGAAACAGAUUUACCGCUUCGUUCGGACGUUGUUCAGUGCUGCUCAACUGACUGCUGAAUGUGCCAUUGUCACCCUGGUAUAUCUUGAAAGACUUCUAACUUAUGCAGAGAUAGAUAUUUGUCCAGCAAACUGGAAGCGAAUUGUACUGGGUGCAAUUCUGCUGGCAUCCAAGGUUUGGGACGACCAAGCGGUGUGGAAUGUGGAUUACUGCCAGAUCCUGAAAGAUAUCACAGUUGAAGACAUGAAUGAGCUGGAACGCCAGUUUCUGGAGCUGCUGCAGUUCAAUAUUAAUGUCCCUUCCAGUGUUUAUGCCAAGUAUUAUUUUGAUUUGCGCUCUUUGGCAGAAGCAAAUAACCUGAGUUUUCCUUUGGAGCCCCUCAGCAGGGAUAGGGCAUAUAAACUUGAGGCCAUUUCCCGCUUGUGUGAAGAUAAAUACAAGGACUUCAGGAAAUCCGCAAAGAAACGGUCAGUCAGUGCUGACAAUCUGACUGUGGUUAGAUGGUCUCCUGCUAUUAUCUCCUAACAGAGGAGGCUGGAAUAUUCCUACGGACAUACUGUUUCAUCCAUCCAGUUUUCUUCGGGGUGGGUUGGGGGGGUGGGAAGGGAGAGAAAAAGACUUUUGAUUUUUUUUUUUUUAAUUUUAUUUUUAAAUCUGUCAAGCUGCCUUUACAGUGCCUCCCCGUUGUGUAGCACACGAGUAAAGUACCUAGCAGGAGCUGAAAUGGAGAAGCCAGUGUUUGGGAGAGAAGAUGGGCGACAAUUUUUUUCUCACUUUCACUAACAGCUUUACCCUUUGUGUGAGGAAACAGCAAAUCGGGUGCUUGGAAGAAGAAACAAAAAAUGAAGUAGAGGCAGAAAAGCUAUUUCAGAACUGUGCCAUUUUUCAAUAUGCUGUACUUUUGAAGAGAAAUGACAGCAUGAAAAUGAACCAUGUAGUCAGAUGACUGUGCACUAGAGGAGUGACGUUGGGAGAGUUCCAUCUUAAAGGUUUCUCUUAAUAUCUUCCUUAAUUUUUACUUUUCCAUUCCUCAUUGCUGCUUCCCAGGAAAAAUUCUUCCCCUUGCACAGCAGCAAAUACCAAGUCUGUAUUUACUGUAGCACAAGCCCCUGAAUAAAUAGUGUUGUUUUUUUUUUCACUGCACUUUUCUCUGUAAGCUGUUAUUAGCAUUAUUCUUCAUAAUUAUUAUGCAUAUGUUAUAUUUCUCUUAUGCCUUCUAUUGUAUUUCAGAAGAGAGAACUUGACCAUAGUGCUGAACCAAAAGUGUGUACAGGGAUCAGAAGAUCGUUCGUAAUUUCAUGUGUUUUAUUUAUAGUAUAUUUGCGUGCGUGUGCCUUCCUAAGUUCUUGGAAUCAAUUAUUUUUCCUUAAUAUAAAGAUACAGUUGUUAAAGUAUUCAGAUGAUGAUAGCUAUAAGAAUUGGGCCAAAUCUCUGAAAUUUGCAGGAGAUCUUGUGACCCUUUUUGCAGAUUUUCAUAGCAUUAGAAGUUUAGCAGAAUUCAUUUAGAGACAGAUUUGUUUGUAUGGCCUGAGUAGUUCAUUCCUUCACCUCCAGGUCCAUUGUUGCAAGCAAUAUUCUCAAUUUUUAUAUGUUUACUUUAAAUCAAAGUAAGUCUGUUUGUAUAAAAUAAAAAAUAAUUUUAAAAGUUCCAGUAAGAAGGCCUAUAGAAGAGCAGAAUACAAAUUUUAACUAGAUACCUGUCACAAGUAGAUUCGGUUUUGAAGCUAAAAUCCGAACCUUUGUAUUUUUUCAGCGUAGGCUCUUAUAGAAAUUAAAAAUAACCAAACAGUGAACGUAAUUUUCAACUCUAAUUAUUGAGCUGUUAUGUAGUUGUUACUAGUUCCUUUCUACCAUGGCUGUUGCCCCCUUGGGAUUUUUAAGAAGCUUUUAUUGAAAAUAAUUUGUCAGUGUAUGCAUAUUCGCUUCAUGAUGCCCAAGGGUGAUCAUUUCUCCUUUUUUUUUUCAUAUUUUUUUGCACGGAUUAGAAAGAUAACAGUGAAAAAUUCUCGGUUCCCUGAAAUCCUUUUUUUUGCUACUGUCACUGAAUUGAGUGGCAACAUACAUCCCUGAUAUAUGCACUACUGUGGUAAACCGUAAAGAUUCCAUAUUUGUUUUUAUUAAGCCCUAUGGGCUUGUAGCAAUCCCAGGGGCCCAGAGAUGCACACUUUGCUUCAGUGCGGUGUGGAUCGGAUGCCUCCAGAUGGAGAGGCACUGGCAGGAUUGAAAUAGUGAUACCAAACAGUUUCUGUUAACUUUCUAAUGUGAUUUGCGUGGUUUGUGACAUGAAGGUUUUGUCCGUAAAUUCUCCUGAUGUCCUUUGGGCCUUGAAAAUAUCUAAUUCUUAUCAUUGUUGUGCCAAUGCAUCAGAACUGUGAGUCUCCAAGUCCAUUUUUCCCUUGAACGUGGAAUGUAAGGAAAUUAUAACAAUGUAAAUGCCAAUCAGAGCAUUUGAAACCUCUUUACAGAUGGUAUCAAAAGGAACGUUUUCAAAGCAUUUGAAAUUCAUCCUUUCUAAGCAUAAAUUGAGACUUUAAAAUAUGUAAAAUAUUUUGAUUUAUCGACACUUUGCUAAACUAUUUUCCAUUCAACUUGAUAUCAAGGAUAUUGGUUUUAUCCAUUUCUGGGCGAUAGGGAUAUGAACUUCGGAUUAUGUAAAGAUCUCAAUGCAUCUUCUAUAAUUUUUGUGAAGUUUAUUAAACUACUUUAAAGAUUGUAUAGUCUAUUUAUUGUAUGUAUGUACAUACAGUCUGAUACUUUAAAAAGUGGAUUCCGUAAAACCUGGCUCAGUCUUGUUUAGACUAUUGAAUAUCGUUUUAGCCUUGUGCACUGGACUCUACCUCUGUAUAGGAGAAUUUUCCAUAUUCUGAAUUAGUCCUGAUUCUGUGAUUAACUUGGUUGUUUCUUGCACUAAGAAUUAAAAAAAAAAAUCUGCUGUAAGUGUGGAUUUUUUUCUUUAGUUUAAGUUUUGCCGUAUUAAUCCUCUACAUUUAAAUGGACAUUUCUUUCCCUCAUGGUUAUAAAAUAUUCUUUGCUUUUCCUUCUGGUUUGUUCCAAGUUUGCCAAAAAAAAAAAAAAUAUACAGUACCCGUCAGUAAAUCUGAAUAAGUGUCUUUUGUUUGCAAAGUAUUCUAUACCAUGUAAUUAAAAAAUGAAUUAUUAUUUAGGAUUAUGUUGUGUUUAGUGCAGUUUUUUAAGCAUUGCUAUAUGGAAAAUGCCAUUGCAAGUAUUAGAGAGUCACCCUGGGUUUGAGAAGGGAGGAGAACCAGACAGUGUUUUCAUGAACAGCACAAGUAAAUUGUGGUUUUCAUUUCAGAACCUGAAACAAAAUUUGCUGUAAAUGUUUUCUGGAUGAAGGUUUUCACUAUUUCUUUGGUCACCAGCUCAGAAACAAAAAGCUAUAGGUGACAUAAUAAACUUGUCCCUUCAAAUGUCA